GAUCGACACGAUCUGGGCUUACAAAUUAUCAGCCAGCUGCAAAGAAUGCUGGAGCAUUUGGUAACAUCGCAGAAAAGGCGUAUAUAUCUGCUCGUGUUUGUUAAAACAUAUAUCCGUCUUUAGCAAUAAGCUAGCCAGCUUUUCUGGCUUGUCUGAAAGAGGCCCGAUUCGACCAGUUAUAUGUUUAUAUAUAAAAAUCAUAUAUGGGAUCCGAGUAUGCGCCAGAAAUGAAGCAUGUACACGAAUACAUUUACUGUCCUUUUUCAUGAGUGGUAGCGCGGUAGGCAGUGACUUUAAUAACGAGAUAUAGAGAAGACCGGUCUGCAAGGCGGCGUCUCAUAGCUGCAUGCGAGGGCUGCACACAGAUAGCGAAACUACACUAAAACUAAUCAAAAACAUAACAAGCAAUGAUAAAAAGCCGUGCAUGCUGGAGCGAUACAUCGACUGUCAUUGGGCCGAGUACUUACUAACCCGGACCCACAACCUCUUGAUUGCGGUCGGGGGUCGAGCUCGGACAGCUGCCCCGCAGAGACAGUCAUGCAGGAGAAUCGCUGCAGAAAGGGCUCUUCUUUUCGACUUGCAUUUGGGUUUAAAGACAUGCUUUGCUAACUGUCAACCGUGACAGUAUGAUUUUCAUGUAUUGUUUUUUGUGGCUUUCUGAUGGUUAACGAUGGAUGAGGAGGACAGCCAGGAUGAGCUGAUCAACAGGAAUGCAUCUCACGGCAAAGGCAAAAGGCUUGGUUCUGCCAUCAUGACUGAUGAAGAGGAUGCCACUGACGAGGGGGGGGACAACUCGGAGGAGAGUGAGAACGGCAGUGAGGAUGGAGACAUGGAUGAAGAGUCAGGUGAUGAGGAAGACUACUCAAACGACAGCGGUGAUGGUGAGGAGGAUUCUGGGAAGGCACCUGAGGGUGCCGGCGGAGCAGUUGGUGGGCCGGACCUCAGUUCAGAUGAGGACACGGAGAAAUGCCCCAUCUGUCUGAACUCGUUCCACCAGCAGCCGGUGGCCACGCCUGAUACCUGCGAGCAUUACUUCUGCCUAGACUGCAUCCUGGAGUGGGCCAAGAAUGCGAGCUCCUGUCCAGUGGAUAGGAUCAUUUUCAAGAGCAUCUACCUGCGGAAGUGUUACGGGGGGAAAGUUCAGAAGACGAUCUCCGUGCCGAAGCCUGCGAGUGCAGCUGUGGAAGAGCCCGAGCUGAAUCCUGACCUGGACCAGACCAACUGCGAGGUUUGCGGGCAAAGUGACCGAGAGGACCGUCUGCUUCUGUGCGACGGGUGUGAUAUGGGGUAUCACAUGGAGUGCCUCACCCCCCCACUCAGCGCAGUCCCCGUGGAGGAGUGGUUCUGCCCGGCAUGUGCAGCCAGCAACUCCCGCACAGGUGGCUCUGGUGACGAGGUGAGACAGGGUGCGGUGAUGGCCCUGGUUGUGGACAGCAGCCGCUCUUCCAGUGGCCGCCCCAUGCGUGCCAUCGCCCGUACAUGGCAGAGCGAGAGGGUCCGCGCCACCGUCAACAGGAACCGCAUCUCGCAGGCACGCGGCGUCCAGCAGGUGCCUGGAUACCUGGCCCGGUCCACAUGGCUGGAUGUGGCCAUCGAGGCGGUGGUAGCAGGGCUGAACACUGCUGAAUACGUGAGAGACCUGACACCACGUGCGGGGACCAGGAGACGCAGGGCAGCGAAGCGACGGCGAGCUGCGAAAAAGAAGACAAAGGGGCUGUCAGAGAAGAGCGGCAAGAAGAGGAAGCGUCGCGUCAGGAGGCCUAAAUCAAGGAGGAAACAGGUGGUGAGGAAGGCGGUGACAAGCCGCUCUCGCCUGGCCCGGAACCUAGGAAUCACCCGGCAGGGGCGCAGCUCCUCCAUCCCGGAUGUUUACCGACCCGCCGAGCAGAGCUUGGGCAGCAUGCGCGCCGACAUCGGCGCCGCCUCCCUGUCUGUAUACGGAGACCCGUUUGACUUGGACCCCUUUGACGAAGGGGACGAGCCAGGACCAUCUCAGCGACCAGAUGCCAAGAGGCCCGGGCUGUCCCGCUCUGCUCUCCGCUCCCACCAGCCUGUGGCGCGGCCUGUACCCACCGGCCUUCACCGGCAAGGGCUUGGGGUUCCCGAGACGGAGGUGGUGGCGGAGGCCGCCCCAGUACCUGACCUGCUGAGCAGCAUCUUGACUGGUCAAAGCAUCCUGAUGAUGGACAGCUCCGAAAUCGUCAUCAACCGGGACGGCUCACUGAAGGCCAUCAAGCCGGUCACGAUUUCGUCACCAAAGACCAGAAUUCCCAGCGGAGCGGCGUGCGAGUCUGGAGCCGAGAUCCGCAUCGGGGCAUCGGCAAGCUCGGGAUCAAGUGCCUUUAACUCAAGUUGGGAGGGGGGGCUCUCCUCUGGUUUUCCUGCCAGACCAUCACCACCAUUCAGCUUCCCCAGCCCCUCAACACCGACGUCCCCCCAGUCGUCGAGUUUCACUCCCCAGAGGCUUCCCGCCCUGCCCGGAGGGUCUCGCGUUCCCCUAGGAGGUCACUCAGACCUCCGAAGAUGUUCCGAACCCAGCCCCAGAAGCCAGGACUUGAGCGGCCUCGCCCCCUGCGUUUCUCCCUCUAUGACUAAGGACUCUGCAUCACCGCUGGUCAGUAAGCCCCCACCUAAACCUGUGUGGGUGGAUAUUUCUGGCCUGCCACGGAUACCAAAGAUAAAAAGGGAGACCUCUAGUGGUACCACAGGUGCAAUCAGUGGUGCUGGCCUAGUGGGAAUCCCAGACUCCGACACUAACAACCUGACCAGCCACAGGGUCCGGCAGCAGACCACAGGCCAGGGCACGUCUGGGAGUGAGCAGGACAAGGCUAGCAGUAGUGGCAGUACUAGACAGAGGCCUAGUGGACCAGGAGCUGCGUCGGCAGUGUCUGGUCCGCUGCCCACCAACCCAGGCCCUUCUACUGUGAGUUUCCGCAUCAGCAGCAGUGGAAACCCAUGGCACGCCAGGCGACUAGGCCUCACCACGGCACAGGGCUCCCCGGGUGGGCAGGCAGCCAGCGAGCCGUGGAAGAAACUCUGCGAGAGCAAGAGAACGCUGCUAUCAUCGCGGGAGAAGGGGGAUGAAAAGCAGGGCAAGAACGAGAUUUAUGACCCCUUUGAGCCCACGGGCUCCGAUUCGGACUCCCCUGGCAAUACAUCUGAGAAUGAGGCCUCCCCGCUGGGGAGAUCGGAUGGCUUGCAGCCGCCGUCUUCCAGCUCAGAUCCCGAGGUUAAAACCGAGCCUGGCAUGGCAGGGGCAGAUGAGUGCCUGGGAGAUGGGGAGGAGGAUGAGGAGAAUCUGGAUUGCACCCAGAGGGACAGUUCGCCAGAGGUUUGUAAGCCUGAGGAGGUGAACACUGGUCCUCUGAGUUUAACUCAACGGAAGAAGAGGGACACAGGCAGCGAUCCAGAGUGUCGGAUGGGCAGUGAGGGAGUAUUAGACCAGGCUGCAAUGAAGCUGCCUCAGACAUCCACACACUCAAUCUCAUCUUCCAGUCACCACAGCGAGUUGAAUGUUAAACCAGAACCAUCUGGGCCAGAUGGCCGGCGUUCUCGGACUAGGUCCAGGUCACCAUUGAGAGUAAGUGCAGAGCAAAAUCGUGACUUGAAGCGGAGGAGAACGGCUAGGGACAACGGCUCUGCCUCUAACAGCCCUGACACCAGCUGGAGGAAAACAACUAGGAGGAGCAGCGGGGAGAGCAGACCACAGUCCUCACAUUCAUGGGGCAGGAGGGGGGGCACAUUCUCUUCUGACAGCAUGUCAGAGGAUGAGGAGAGGUCCAGGAGAAAAUGGAGGCGGUCACGGUCAAGAGAUCGGAGGCGGUCUCGCUCUGGUAGUGGGGACCGAUCCAGGAGAAGGAAUCACAGACGAGACAGCCGUGAGCAAAAAGACGACAGGCAGAAAGGAUCGAAGGAAAAGCGGCGAGGUCAUUCCCGGUCGCAGUCAAGGUCCAGAUCCCGGUCUCGGUCCAGAGAGCGAAGGAAAGACCGGAUGAUGGCUCAUCCUACCACCAAGUCAAAAGACGGGGUCGGAUCACGGUCAAAGGACGGCAAGCGUCCAAGAUCCAGGUCAUGGUCCAGAGAGAAGAAAGCUGAUGUCUGUUCAUCCAGCAGGUCUCAGUCAACACAGAAGAUCUUUCAGGGAACUCCGGUACCUUCAGUAGCAGUGCAUGAGGAGAAGGAAGCCAAGGAGAUCAAGGUGGAAUCAUCUGCUUCUAUGAGCAGGGAAAUUAAAGCAUCUACGGACAUUAUGAAGGAAGAAGUGGCAGAUGAAGAUGGUGGUCAUCCCAGUAUGGUCAAAGAGGAAAAUAUUGCUUCUUUUAACAUGCUAGAAGAACCACAAGAGCACAAAGAGAUCAAAAGAGUUAGUCUCUCUCCUGACCUGUUGGGUGGAUUGAAAGACCCAUGUGAAAUUAAAGAGGAAACACCCAUUUCUCUAGAGAUUGUUGAAGACUCAAGAUGUCCUAAAAGCUCAGAGAAACCUGCCACCCCCUGCUUGACUGAGGGUGCAAACCAGCCUAAAGAAGCAGAAGUGGAGAAGCCUGUAGAAAUCAAACAGGAGUCAUCUCCCUCUCAUUAUGGGGUGGCCUGCGAGUUGAAUCAAGAUGCUGCCAUCGCGUCCAUGGCAGGUGUGGAUCUGCAAAAGCAGAUCAAAAUUGAAUCUAUCUGGGCAGAGGAGUUUGCACAUUUGUCAUCCCACAACGCAACUCAAGUUCUCCUCUCUGGCCCUAGUCAGCCUGCAGUGACAGGAGGCUGUCACAUGGGGGCAGCAGAUAGCACUUUAGCUGAAAAUGGCUCUAAAACAGGCCUAGAUCUACAGCACACAUUGGGUUCAGUCAAACUAGAGGCAUUGUCAGCAGAUGACAUUGCCAAUGUAGGUCGUAUCCUGAAUAGUUUGACUUCUAUGAAGCGUGAGCGAGCAGCGGACCCAGAGACUGGGGGUUACGAGAGGGGCACCGUGUUUUAUGGCCCGUCUGUGGCCAAACAAGAAUUGUCUGAGGUUGAACCAGGAAGACAGUCUUUGGUUCAGCAGGAGGACCUAUCUGCAACCAAGACUGAAGAGACGUUUAUGGUCAACCUGGGACAGCUUCCUCCAGUCAAGCAGGAAGAUGAGUCCUUAUUUAAAUGGACGGAGUGUACUGCAGUGAAGAAGGAAGGACUGGUGUCCGUCUGUCAGGGCAAGGAGGAGGACACGCCUACUGUCAAAGUCGCCACGGACAUCCCUUCCAUGGUGGUUGGCACCAGGUCCAAACCAUCAGUGAAGAGGGUGACAUGGAACCUCAAGGAGGCUGAUAAGCCCAUCGCUGAGAAAUCUGGAAAACUUUCUCAAUUUAGACUGCUGCAAAGCAGCCGAGAAGCAUCCAGGAAGUCCCCCGGACCCAACCAAGCUGUGACCCAGGACUCCAGUCAGUCUGCUGUAUCUGCUGCCCCGGUUGGGGAAUUGGCUCCCCACUUCCCUAAAAAAGUGACUCUCAGUUCAGUGUCACACAGCCCCCCCUGUUGCUUGGAGGCCCAGCCAGGCCAGUCUCAGCCCAGCCAGGGAGAGUCGGCAUCCAGGAAAGAAGGUGGCGCCCAGGAUACAUCCAGAAAAGAUAAGUACAUGAAGAAGCUUCAUAUGCAGGAACGGGCCGUGGAGGAAGUGAAAUUGGCCAUAAAGCCUUUCUACCAGAAGAGGGACAUCACCAAGGAGGAAUACAAGGAGAUUCUCCGGAAGGCCGUUCAGAAGGUGUGCCACAGCAAGAGUGGCGAGAUUAACCCAGUCAAGGUGGCCAACCUUGUGAAGGCCUACGUGGACAAAUACAAGCAUGCAAGGAAGCACAAGAAGAAUGGGGAAGAGGGGAAGGCCCAGGAGGGCGUGACCGGCAAGGCUACUGGCAACUCAUGAGGAGCUGGUCCCGGGGAUGCCUGAAACUCCGCCCCUCUCUGCCAGGGAAGACCGAAACCCCGUCCCAUCUUCCAAGGAGGAUCCAAACCCAACCCCCGUCUUCCAAAGACAACCUGAUCCCUUCUCUGCAGCUAGCGCCACUGUCUUUUUUUCCAUUUUCAUUUUAUCUUUUCUUUACUGUAUAGUGAUGGUAUAAACUAAAGGGCUUAGGAAUCCUGAGUCAGCAAUCUGCUUGUUCCUGCAGGAAUGAGGGCAGCAGCGGAGAUCUGCUGUGUUUGCUCUGCCUGCCUGGGGGAAGGGGCAGCGGUAAGACUCGCUGGUCUGGGUUUCGCUGAAUGGAAAUGCUGUUCAUGGAGGCUUCUGAGAUAGCAUCUUAAAGCACCACUGCCGAAUAGCCUCUUCCUCCUUCUGCGUUUGUAAUGAGCUCCUAUUCUGUCAUCCGCAGAUACAUCUCUCUGGAUUUCACGGCCUCCGAAACACAGCUAAACUAACAAAGCUCAUACCACCAGAUACCCCUGUAGCUAUACGCUACAUUAACAGUAAUGUGGAGCAGGAUCGAAGGCGACGUCUGGCUGUUUCCUACAAGUAAAAUUACAUCUCUUUGGUGAAAAGCUUCAUAAAUAGAGUGAUUCAUCCUAGGAUGCAGAGAUCAACCCUCAAGAGGCGGUGAAUCAAAUAUUGCCAUGCAUACCCGACAAGCCGAUAGGUCCCCACCACAUUGCUCGUUUCCAUGGCAACCUCUUAGUUAUGAGAAACUGGACUUUUUUUUUCCCCUUUUAUUCUAAUUUUUAAAGUCUUGGGGGAAAUUUUAAUUGUCAACAUUGCACUUUUAUUAAAUGAAUAUUGUACAGUAUUUCAUAUGAUCUGGGGCUCAGUUGUUGAUGCUAUCCCAAGAUAUUAAGGAAGUUAGUCUGGUGAUUACUAUGACAACAUAGCGCCCCCUGGGGCUUUAUGUAGGCCGAACUCAGACCGCAUCAUGUGGGUUGCGUUCCAGCGAGUCGACUGCUUGGGGGCGAGUGUGCUAUAUAUGAGGCUCUUGUCAUUUAAAGGGUCUGUCCUGCUGAGAAUUAGAUCAGAUUUAUGUUGCGGGUCACAUGUCACCUUAUGCGCAUUGCUAGCUAAAUGUGUGUUGAGUACUGUAGACCUCACCAACGGUGAUUUUGUGAUGGGAGGUGUACUGAUGUCGGUGAGCUCUGAUCUCUCUUAAGGAAUGUGGAUAGGUGUCUUCAGGAAGAGUUAACUUAAGUUUCAUUUCUUUCAUUUAGGGUAUUCAUUUAUCGGAUUUGAAAUGUUUAAAAUGCAAGUCACGUUAAUUGUUUAGGCAGGUCGUGGCUGUAAGAAAUGGGUUGGUUAGAGAAAAUUCUCCCUGAACUGUCCCUGGGCUGCUCGGAGUCAGUGUCCUUAUUUAACUGUACUGUCAGGAACUCAAGGUUUCCACUAAAUUGUUUGUAAAUACGUUUCUUAGAGGAUGUCUUUAAUAAAAUAAAAUUGCUGAGAAA